ACAGUGGUGCUAGCGAGUAGCACACGGAAUUCUAUGGUCGUGAUUUGGGAGAUCUAUUAAAUGACAUCGAGCUAUUAAGUUAACUCAAAACCUGAAACAUUAAAUUUGAAGAAGAUGCAGGAUGACGCGCGCUACCUCAAACGCAAAGUGACUGCGGGCAGUUUAGAUGUCCAUCCCACAGAGAAGGCCCUUGUGGUCCACUAUGAGGUGGAAGCAUCUAUACUGGGAGAGGGUGGAGGCCAUAUGCUGGGUGAACGAAAGGAAGGACAAAAAAUCAUCCGAGUGAAAAGUCUUUCUCCCAGUACAGAUGUGGGAGCUUUGGCCAAGAAAGUGGUGGAGGAGUGUAAACUCAUUCCUUCUUCCCGUUUGCCCCAGGUGGAGCAGCUCCUCUACUACUUGCAGAAUAGGAAAUCAUCCCCCGUGGAGGGCAAAAUGGAGAAGAAAGAGAAAAGAACCGUGAAACCUAGAGAGCUGACACCGUUUGAAGGCAUGGAGUUAAACGAGGAGGCCAAUAUAACCAGAGUGGAUGAGUAUAUUGAACUGCUCUAUGAAGGGAUCCCAGAGAAGAUCCGAGGCUCUGCUCUCAUUCUGCAGCUAGCUCGCAACCCUGAUAACCUGGAGGAGCUGCUACACAACGAGGCAGCCCUAGGUGCCCUCGCCAGAGUGUUGAGGGAGGACUGGAAACAGAGUGUAGAGCUUGCUACCAUCAUCAUUUACAUCUUCUUCUGCUUCUCCAGUUUCUCCCAGUUUCACGGAGUGGUAAGUCAUUAUAAAAUAGGUGCAUUGUGUAUGAGCGUGGUGGAACAUGAGCUGAAGAGAUACGAUGUAUGGCGUGAGGAGCUUCGCAAGAAAACCAAGGCUUGUGAGUCAGCGCCAGAGAAUGGCUCUCUAAGAAGAGACCAGGACAAAGCUGUGAGAAAAUACCAUGGCCUUCUGGCUAAGCAGGAACAGUUGCUCAGAGUGUCUCUUUACCUUCUAUUGAACCUUGCUGAGGACACCAGGACAGAGCUGAAGAUGAGGAAUAAAAACAUUGUUGGUCUUCUCGUUAAAGUCCUUGAAAGGAACGAUGAGGAGCUGCUGGUCCUGGUGGUUUCAUUCCUCAAAAAAUUGUCCAUCUUCCUGGAGAACAAGAAUGACAUGGCUGAGGUGGAUACUGUAGAACGAUUGGCUCGUCUGGUUCCCUGUGACCAUGAAGACCUGUUAAACCUGACUUUGCGUCUGCUGCUCAAUCUCUCCUUUGACUCUGGACUCAGAGCCAAGAUGGUAGAAGUUGGACUGUUACCGAAACUGACUGCCUUGCUAGGCGAUGAGAACAACCGUCAGGUAGUCAUGCGUAUCUUGUAUCACAUCAGCAUCGAUGACCGUUUUAAGGGGAUGUUUGUUUACACUGACUGCAUACCUCAGCUAAUGCAAAUGCUGUAUGAGCACAGUGAGGAGGAGAUAGAAGCUGAGCUUAUCUCCAUCUGCAUCAACCUGGCUGCUAACAAGAGGAAUGCACAGCUCAUGUGUGAAGGAAAUGGGUUAAAGAUGCUUAUGAAGAGAGCUCUGAAGAUGAAAGACUGCCUUCUGAUGAAGAUGAUCAGAAACAUCUCACAGCACGAUGGACCAACCAAACCAGUGUUCAUAGACUAUGUUGGGGACCUGGCAGCAGAGAUCCGUGCAGAGGAAGAGGAGGAGUGGGUUCUGGAGUGUCUAGGGACGCUUGCCAACCUCACUAUCCCUGACCUGGACUGGGAGUUGGUGCUAAAGGAAUACAACCUGGUACCUUACCUCAAAGACAGACUUAAACCAGGCUCAGCAGAGGACGACCUUAUUCUGGAGGUGGUGAUAAUGAUAGGAACAGUUUCCAUGGAUGAUGCCUGCGCUGCCAUGUUGGCUAAAUCUGGCAUUAUUCCUGCCCUUAUCGAACUACUAAAUGCCCAACAGGAGGAUGAUGAGUUUGUGUGUCAGAUUGUCUACGUCUUCUAUCAGAUGGUGUUUCACCAAGCUACACGAGAUGUCAUCAUCAAAGACACACAGGCUCCAGCCUACCUCAUUGAUCUGAUGCAUGACAAGAAUGCUGAGAUCAGAAAAGUGUGUGACAACACCCUCGAUAUUAUUGCUGAGUACGAUGAGGAGUGGGGAAGGAAAAUUCAGUCAGAGAAGUUCCGUUUCCAUAACAACCAGUGGUUGGAGAUGGUCGAGAGUCGCCAAGCUGAUGAGUCUGAACCAUAUCUGUACGACAACGACAACGACAGGACUGAUCUGUUCUAUAGCGCAGAUGGAAUAACUCCAGCAGAUGGUUCAGUCAGCCCAGAUUUCUUCAGUGACCUACAGCCUCAAAAUGGAGACUUGCACCAUCCAGGAGAUGACAACGAAGUCUUUGAUCAGACCAGCUCCUCACCUGGACGACCAGCUACAGCUUAUGGCUUCAGACCUGAUGAACAACCCUUCUAUCAGUACUCAUAGAAACACACACACACACACACACACACACGCACACACACACACACACACACACACACACACACACAGUAUACCCUGUCAUCUUAGAUCCAUUCCUCCUCCACCUCUAACAUCUUCAGAUAGAACGUUCAGUGCUUUAAUCCCUCAUGACUGAAGGCAUCACAUUAGUAUAGUUACUGGGACAAUAACUGUGGUUACAUGGACAAUAUUUCUUCAAUCCAACUACAAUUAAUCUGAUUAGAGAUUCCAACUCUGAUAAGUCUGAUAAGACGUGUGUUUACAUGCCCCAGAGCAUUAAAUUAGAUUAUAGCUUUUUUGACAUGUGCAAAGUGGUGUCAACAGCUGUGAAGUGUCUAAUCUGUCAGUAAUAUAACAGGAGAACAAAAAGUAUAGAAGUGGAAGAGGUGGUUCUGCCUGUUCAUACAAUUUAGUACGAAGUAACAGAAGUGUUAAGACAGGUUAUUUUCUGUAGCUACAAAUUACAGAUGUCCCCUAAACACCUCAUAUGCGGACAGAUCAGUAGACGCCACAGUUUACCCAUGCUCCCUAAACAUCUCAUACGCAGUCUACUGCUACUGGUAGUUGUUAGAGGUCGACCCAUAGUGGGUUUCUGAAAGCUGAUAACUGAAUGUCUAAGGCAAAGUAUUAGGCUAAAACAAUACAUGUGGCCCUGAACAUCAAACUCAAAGUAAUUAAUAGAAAAAUCUGGAACAGAACAUCAAACUAACCAUAACCCCAAAUUCCUUCCCAUCAGGCUAGUUCAGACCACUCUCCUCUGUUUGAGAUGGUCACAUGAGGCAUUUUUAUUCUGAUUGGGCUAUUAUCCAGAUUAUUAGUGGAAUAUUAGAGUCCAUGUAAGUGCACCUAUUGAUCAUAGAGAUUACUGGUUAGGACUGACACACUACCACUGUAGAUUUUAAACUAGUUAUCAAAUAAACUGCAGUUCCAAGCAGUCACCUUUCAUAACCCAUUUCAUUCAUUCACCAUUAUGUUAAACAGAUAAUAGUUAGUCUUCCUAACCCACUGGCUACGGCCUUCGGAUAGUGACUUCCCAGUGGGUCAGCAAAUAAUUUAAAGACUGUGAACAGACUUCACAUUUCUAAUAAUAUACUUUAUGUUAAUAUGUUUUUGCAUGUUUUCCUGUAUGAUAAUGAAUAUUUGUUGCCUCUUCAAAUCCACUGAAAAAAGAUUAGUGAAAUGUUUUCUUACAUUCCAUUGUUGAACAGUUUGAAAUCCACCAGUUUGACUCGUCACUAUGUCAGCAUGCUAACCUACAUUAUGAGUAACACUAACACUACACACAGUGAUUUUAUUAACAUGCACAUAGUUUUCUUUUGUCCAUGUCACUGUGAAAUUGGUGCAGCGUUGUCAUUGAUCCGUAAAACUUGGGGUGCUUUCACACUGGAAAACUUGUCUUGUAUGUGGAUGUCUUCAUGAUGUCAUUAUGACAUUUUUACAUUGUUAGUGAGAAAAACAAAGACAGCUAAGACUCACUGAUGUUUGAACAGAGAGAAACAUUCAGGCCCAAUGAGCAAGGAGGGCAGUGAUGAAGGGCUGCUUGUUUUUGCUUUUCUGCAGCCCUCAUAGUUGGUUGUGGUUACAUCACUCAGCCAUUAUUUUCCAUUUUCCGCAUGUCAAAAUACUCACCAGCCUUGUCUCCAGGCAACAGCCAUCAAAAGCUGCACUUUGAUGAGGAAAGCAUCACCACAGAUUGAUAAAACCAUCUGAGCAGCACGUUUAUGACAAAGGGAGGCAGUCUGUCUUAAGAAAUAAUGGCUCUAUGUUGAAGCUUUAAAUGUUGUGCCACCAUAUUUCUCUGGUCAUUUCUGUGGCCACCACUCAGUGUGUUCUGUAUGUUUCUGAUGUAGAACCAUAACAGUAUUAUCUUUUUUCAGUGAUGAGAAAAGUAGAAACCCUGUCACUGCAGAAGCAAUGGGCCCUCUCUUUCCAACUGUAUAUACUGUAUGUAACUACUCCAAACUGUUUAUAAAGAUGGACAACGCGUCUCCACUUCCUCCCACCAUACAAAAUUAAGCUGUGUAUACAGGUGUAUGACCUGUACUGAAGCCAGCCACCAGGGGGCAAUCCAGAUGUUUCGGUUUCACUUUUAGGGAGCUGCCAUGUCAUCCAUCUUUAUAAACAGUCACUGGUCACUACAUAAUAAAAUUAUGUUACUGAGCUGCCACCAUACAGCCCUUGCACUGGGGUGUUACAUUGGAGUGCACCUGAAUGAAGCAUUCGUUAAAACGGGGCUUCCACUCACCAUGUCAGUGUUAACUGCAGGAAGUCCCAGGUCCUUUGAGUCAUUGUCAGCACAUGUAGCAGCUAGCAACAGGACCAGACAAAGUACCGGGGUUUCUGUUAUUCUGGUCACUGAUAGUACACCUGCUUAGUGUUAUUCUUAGUUUGUAUAGGGGGAGAUAAGAGAAUCCACCUUCCUUAAAUGAACUGGCUUUAAUAGUAGGAGAGAAUCCUCCAGCUUUCCAUUUUUGCUGAUUAAAAAGAAAAAUGAUAUCCAUAAUCCUCAUUGGCCCAUGUCUAGUUCUCUCUGGCUGUUUGAAUAGCGAGAUAGUAUGCAAGUUUUGGCAUGUGCAGUGUUUGAUAUGCACAUGUAAUUAUCCUACUUGUUGAAUCAUAUACACUAACAGUAUUCAAUAUUGAGUACUUAUUUGGACAUUUAAGUAGUUGGGACAGAGCUAAGAAUGUCAUCCCGUACAUUUACUCUACAUCCAGCAUAUAAGGCGCGAUGUCAUUGCUCAUCAUGCCUCUGGCUUCUCCCUGUUUUAACAGCAGUGAGAUCAGGAGACUUGGGGCCAUGGGGAUGAAUGUGUCAACUUAAGUCAACAUUAUUGGCAUAAUUUCAUGUUUUAUUGGUACACUAACUGACAAGUACAAUUUAAAAAUGCAACAGGUAAUGUGACUCUUUUGAUUCUCACCAAUUUAAAUACUGAGGCUAGCUUGGUUAAGGGAGCAAAUAAUUUACCCUCGAAUAUGGCACUUACUGCUAGGCAACAGAGCAUGUCUGAAUGUAUAAAUGUUAUCAGAGCAGUAUAGACACCCUUUUCAAAACUAAAGUAUGUAAAUGGAGGGUCACACAUACUGUUUAACAGGCUGUUACUUCUAGGCAUAUUUGCACAUAGAGUUAAAAUUUGAUGCAUGUCAUGUUUUCUUUUUCAUUGUAAGUUAUUGUUAAUCUGUGUAUAUUAUUGUGUUUUUUGAUAAUUGAUUUUAUUGCUACUUAACAAGACACUGUAAACUUAAGCAAGUACUGUAGAUAAACUCCAUCUCUCUCACUGUCUUUCAUCCUCAGGUUCUUUAAUAAAAAAAUAAAUCCCACGUUUCUUAUAACUGUUUUAUAAUACAACUGUGUUCACAGUUACAUCCUGGACACAUUGUAACACACAUUGUUUUUUUCCCUUUUAGGCCUUUCAGCUGCUUUAAAUGUAUUUCCUUUGGUUUGCUUUACUGACAAUAUUCAAUUUAUGCAAUACAACAUGCCAACCUAACUCAGUAAUUUAUACUCACAUUUGUACAAAGGUUGUUUAAAAUGGUAACAUACACAGACCUGUCAUCUGUCAAUACUCUGUUAUUUUUUAAGGUCACUGCAUGCUAAAAUCAUAACAAUAUCCCAUUCAUUUCUAUAGGUUUUUAAAAUUCUAUUUAAUAAAAUUGUUAUGAGCAAACUCAACUAUAUUAUUGUACAACAGGUCCCCAAGUACAUCUGUGAUAGUUCUGAGGAUGUUUCACUGCAGCAUUUUUCAAUAAUUGAAUACUUAAAGGAAAACUUCACCCACAAAAUAACUAUUUGUAUAUAAGUUAGUCACACAGUGUUAACCUUGAAUUUAUUUUUAUUUUUUGUUUCUCACAUGCCUCCAGAGAAAACAGAAACAUUGAUUUAUUGAUUGAUUGGGGAAUAUAUUUAACAAUAGCACAACAUCUGCUUACACACUCACACAACUUGUGCAGUAUGUCUCAUUUAUCUAUUUGUAUGCUCAGUACUUCCCAAACCCAUGCAUUUUCACUAUAACAUCACUAUUUAAAACACCUUUCUGGUACUCUUGUAAACUACUAAU